AUGCUAUCACGAUUUGCAGGACGGACAGCAGGGCGGCGUUUAGGCUGUCACUACAAUUCCCCCUGUAGAGAAAGCUUACUAUCUCUGACAGGCUAUCAGCGCGAUGCAUCCAUCCGAUUCCAGAGCACUGAGCCCGAUUCGACCGACAAGCAAGCAUCUCGUCCUCGAUAUCGACGCAAGCUGAGAGACCAUGCCAAAAAGCAACCUGAGAGUCGGAGGGUAACCCUUGAUGUCGAUUCGUUAGGAAAGCCCGGGGAGAUCGUGGUCUUGCCGCAUCGAGACCGACGCCGUCGAAUUUCAAAAGUCAAGAACACAUCGAGCGACACGUCUUCUCUUCCGUUCAUGCUAGAAGAUGUCGAGUAUGACGAGGUUAUUCCUAGUUCUGCUGCAAUUCUUGAACGUAUUCAAAGCUUCUGCGAGCCUCAUCGACCCCGCGAUAAACUGAAUCUUACCGACUGGGACGAUUUACGCACCAAACUCCAGUUGUCCUUCACUUUUCAACAACUGACAGACUACAUUCAAAGUGCUAAAGCGCAGAACGAGGAGGGUGUAACACAUCAGGGAAAGCAUAUUGCCGUCUGGAGGCCAGGUACCUCCGCUUUCCUCGAAACGGGCCCUGUCUCGCAGGGAGGCGUCGCAGACAGAGUCGCCGUGGCGCAGGCUUUGAAAGGAAAGCAACUGGUCGCUGAAAGAAUCCUCCGGGACUGCUGGCAACUUGGUGUUGCCGGCGAACUUGGUCAGCUCGAUAUCCGUCUUCCGGCACAUUCGCUAUCGCUACUUCUCCAAUCUGAGCAUUUCUCCUUUGAAGAAUUGGCCAGCUUACACGAUGCGAAGAUUGACAUCACGCGCUCGUUGGGUCUUGUGAGGAUUACUGGCAAUCAGCAUGCAUGCGAGUCGAUUUGUGAAAUCAUAUACGAUGCAACGAAUCGGAUUCGACAAGAGGAGAUCGACUUGUACACACUCGAAAGAGCCAAAUCUAAGGGCGAGCGGGUUUUCAGUCCGGAAUUUCUGUCUUGGGUCGGCAACACUUAUGGAGUUGCGUUUGAAGGCCCACCACAGGCCCCAACCAAGAUCUUCUAUCUUGCAGAGAACAGAGAGAACGCGGAUAACGCUCGCAGAACCUUGAACCUAGCGAUCUACAGCCUGACAUCUCCCGCAAUACCUUUCGGCACCUACUUGUCUGCCUCACAGGUGGCUAGUGUGUACAAUGUUGAUCCAGAGCAGAACGUUUCGUGGUUUGAUAGGCAACAUGCAUGGUUUCGAUGGGCCAUGUCGUCUACUCAAACCUCUGAAACGAAAGUACUAGAUACUCCUUUUUACGAUAAACAUCAAUCGCGUCUGUCGGACGAGCUCCUCAACGUACUGCGCAAAAAGUCUCCAUCUAUAGCAGAGAGCACAGGCAUCAGGGAGAGCAUAACGGCCGCAGUCGGCAGGUGUCUUUUCAUGCGCAGCCCUUCCUCUGAAGCUCAGACCGUCAGUGCUUCUCAACUGGGCAGGAUGUCUCUCCCUCGCACGUUUACCACAGAUGUUCCUCGUGUAACAUCAUUUCUUCGUAUGCUCACGGCACAGGCGCCUGGGGAUGAUCAACGGCUUCAUCUCUUUCGGUUGAUUCCAACAGCUGCGAAUGCAAACUCUUUCCCACGACUUGAAAUGGAGGUCGCAGUCAAGAAAACACCAGAUAUCUCCAACUCCGAAGUAGAAGUCAUCGUUCGUGGUAUGCGAGCCGAGGUGGCCGAGAGCAGCGUUGACUAUCUGCUCCCGGAGAAUGGCCUUGACCUUCGCUUCACACGGAAGCUAUAUCGCGAUUUAUUGGGUACAUCUGGGGAGAAUGAGUCGGUUGCAGAGGCUACUGUAGAGAGCAUUCGGGCUUGCUUGCAGGAUGUCUUCUUGAAGCGAAUGCGAAGUGAGGGAGAGUCACCUCUUCCUGCUUUCACUCGGGUCCCGGUCCCCGAUGGUCUCUUGACUCUAAAUAAGCCCAGCGUGACAAUAACUUCGCAGGAGCAAGACUCGUCGAGUGGAUACACCACAGCAGAGUAUAUGUUCCUGCCGGUGAAUGACAUUCGUGGCACUCGCAUUCAUCGCUACGAUUUCCAAGGUCAACAGCUCAACUACUCUUUCUACGAGAGCGGCCCAUUCAACCCUUACCGGACGACGGACAUUUCACUCAGCAUGGACGCCACUGAGAUUGGCGGAUCUUCCACCGCUGCGAAGGAGUCUGGGUCUCAAGAUCCGCUCCAUCUCGAAUUCAAUGGGUUCUACGGUGCUGCUUGCUCUUUGGCAUUUGAGCUGGAUAAGGCUUGGCGUAUGGAUGUGGUCUAA